AUGUUCAACAACGCACGGACGUAUAAUCAGGAGGUGUUCCAUAGCACUUUGGAGAGUGUUACUGCAGAGACGGGGCUACCUGGCGCGUCACCAGCUCUGGGUGGACCCUCAAGCUCUGCAGCAUACGACGACUCUGCGCUUAGGUCUAUGGAUGAAGAUGAGCGCCCGCGGCGGGGCAGGGCUCGGAGUGCUGGUCGCAAACAGGUGAUCAGCGAUGAUGAAUACCUGACGCUCAGUGUUGAUGAGUAG